AUGGACUCCUCUUACGAGUACUGCCGACUGAAUGAUUUGUCAGAAGUCGAAAAAGAGGUGACGGAAGUCGAAGAAGAUCCAAAAUACUCGUAUAAGAUUACAAACCUGGAUGCAUUCUGGAACACGUGUAGCUCGAUUCAAGGUCUUGGCGUUCUUAGUAUGCCACUUGCAGCUAGCUACGGUGGAUGGUGGUUCAUUAUAAGCACUAUUGCUGUUGCAUUGAUAUCUAAUUACACGGCGAAGAUCUUAGUGCGAUGUCUGUAUAGACAGCACCCCAUACUAGGAUACACACGAGUGAGAAAGACGUAUGCUGAUGUUGGACAAGCCGUCUGGCCAACCUAUGGCCAAUACAUGGUCCUCGUUGCCAAAUUCCUGGAGUUACUCUUCCAAGCGGCAUCGAACCCCAUUGCGUGCGGGGAAGCGCUACAUUUUCUCUGCCCAAGUAUUCCCGUCAGCACAAGGACUUGGAUCCUAAUUUUUGGCCUUGCAAUGAUACCGAAUAUUUGUUUGAAUUCAGUGAUCCUGUUGUCCAAGAUAAGCAUGGUGACGAUUGUUCUUGGGUUCGGUACUUUUGGUACAGUUAUUGGCUACAGUGUCUAUCAGGUGCCAUCGUGGGAUAUCAAAGACCUUCUUGUCUUCCAACCCGAGAAGUUCCCAAUAUCGCUUGGCUUGUUAGUCGCAAGUUAUUCUGCACAAAUCUUUUUGGUUGUCCUUGAAGGAAGCAUGAGAACUCCAGAGAAAUUCAACAAAGUUCUCAAUUCUGGGUACGUCUUUAUGACGCUCCUCAAAAUUGCUCUGGGAGUUUUUGGAUUUUUGACGUUCGGUCGUAACGUCAACGAAGUGGUAACGAACAACUUGCCGACAUAUUUCCUCGUCCCGAUCAACACCAUCGUCAUUUUCCUAGCAUUCACCGGGUAUUCGUUACCGAUGUUCGCGGUGUUCGACAUGAUGGAGAGCUCAGCCAGAAGCUUUUUGGGCAAACGUUGCCUGGAUGAAUAUGGACAACGCCCAAACACCUUCUGCAAGUACCUAAUACGCAUCAACCUUGUUGGGAUUACUAUCGUCCUCGCAACUACGAUACCCCACUUCUCUCUUAUCCUGGCUUUCAUUGGGAGUCUGAGCUGCACCUCACUUGCUCUUAUCUUUCCCUGUCUUUUCUACAUCAAGUUACACUGGGAUGAAAUAACUUGGUACGAGUUAGUGCUCGAUGCUGUUAUCGUUGUGUUUGGGUUAUUGAUAGCUGUAUCUGGCCUGACCUACUCUACUAUUGACUUGCUGGAUGUUCUAUCUAAAAACUGA